AUGGUUGAACGAAUGGAACGGCCAGACAGGCCAUCGGGGCCGCCCAUGCCUCGCGGCUUGCCUGAGAAUCCCGCCCAAGGUCGACGACAACUCCAAAAAGAUGCCGCGCUCGGCAAUAUUCCUCCGCCGCCUCCCCUUCCGCCGAUGCCCAAAGAUCUCCGAAAUCUGUCGACCGGAGCGAGCCUCUCGGCCUCGUCGCCCAUGACCUCGGCCCAGGUCAUUGCUCUUGCCCGCGAUGCAAUGCAGAGCGCCCUCCACGAAAAUGAGUCUCAGGCCGCCGAAGCGAGUGCCGUGAGCAACGAACUGAAACCCGGCGUCACCAUCGACUUGAGCCGCAAGGGUAUACAGAAACUCCCAGACGAGGUUGUUGAUAUUAUCAAGAAUGAGCUGGAGCGCCUUGCCCUUUCGCACAACCAGGUCAAUUCCUUCCCGGCUCGUUUCUCCGAAUGUACAUCUCUACGAUACUUGAACGUGCGGAACAAUCAGAUCAGAGAGUUCCCACUGCCGCUCUGCGAUCUGAGAUCGCUCGAGAUCCUCGACCUGAGCAAAAAUAAGCUGCGAGCUCUGCCUCCUGAUAUUGUCAAGCUUGCUUCUUUAAAAGUCUUCUCCGUCCAGAAAAACCGAAUAGAGGAGUUGCCAGUAGCUCUGUCCGAUAUGGUUUCAUUGCAGGUGCUCAAGUUUGAUGGCAAUCCCAUCACCUUCCCCCCCCGCGAGGUUCUGCAGGUGCAAGCAAGCAGUCCGCCAAACGAGGGCUACCUGAAAGAAAGCGAAGUCACUGAGGUAGCCGUCACUGCACACAUCAAGCGCUUUCUAAGACAGCAUGCCAUGAACGGCCGUGCAGAGUCAGACACAGCUGGUGAAGAAUCCAGCGAAGGUGUGGAAACCCCACGCAUGCCACCUAUCAAGCGAGUUGUCAGCGGCCGGUUCCCGAUCAAAGUCAAUGGUACCGAUGUGCCUGAUCUUCGAUCCCCGAACCUGAUCCGGCCUCCUCCGAUUCCGAAUCGGUCGCACUACCGAGGCUUGUCUCAGCAGAACACGGCCGUCCGCCGCCCGGGUGUUAUGCCGCUGACCAUAGGAAAUGUCAAUGAGCGCCUCAGAAGCAACUCAGAGACGUUGUUGCAGGCAACUCGUGGAGAACGCCCCGAAUCUCGUGCCAGACGCAUGGGCGUAGUAUCUCAGAAGGCUACUCAGCUCGGCACCUUGGACGAGACCCAGGCCAACAACCGCUUCAGUCACUACAGAGGUCUGAGCCAUGGUAGUGCCAUGCAGCCACCUCCCCCAAGCAUGUCGGUCAAGAGCCCCAACAGCCCGGCAGAGCCUUUCCUCCAGCGCCCGAUUUAUGUCAGAAGACUCUCGGUUCUCCCCGAACGCAGACGCGAGUCUAAGUUCUACGACCCUAUUCUCGAGGCCGCCAAGGGUAUUCUCUAUGCAGUCUUCCAGAUUCAUCCCAUGAUCCAGAUGCUCAUGAGUUUGACGAGCGAUGGCUCUUCUAAGAGAUCCAGCCUCGAAAUCGUCUUUUACAACACGAAUUCGCACGUGGAGGAACUGGAGCAAGAAAUUCAGAAGCAUGACCCUGCGGUGGUUGGAGAUGAGAUGGCGGGUCGUGAGAAUGAGAACGUCCACCGAGCGUGCCAGACUCUAGUCGGAGCCUAUACCCAUGUCUGCACCCUUCUCGCCGGCAACAUCGAUUCCUUCAUUGACAAUGGAGAUCCGCGCUACAUACGCACCCUUCUGAUGCUCAUUUAUAACAGCAUCAUGGAGAUCAGAUGCACUCUUGCUGCGUUGACACCGGAGGCUGGCCUGAUCAAACCUCCCAUGCGGGCCAUGAAUAUGAGCGACACGAUUAAACCCCACUCACGCGAGAACUCCAUCACACCGACCGCUGAGCGGCUCGGACUGGCUCAGCGUCCCCGACCCGGCCCCAUACUGCACAAUCCGAGCAACCUCAGAGUUGCGACAGACGUACCCCUUCCAUACUUGAAUGGAAUUAGCGGUAUGAAUGGCAUGAACGGCAUGAACGGUAUGAACAGUAUGAAUGGAAAUGUAGCGAGCCGUACAGCAACACUCACUUCCGCAACGCCUCGGUCAGGAGAGUCGUUUGCCUCAGCCUCAUCUGGUGGCCGUGGCGUAUCCGAUUUCACCGAGGAAGACAGAUACUUUGAGAAGAUCUUCCUCUCCCUGCAGCGAUCGUCAGAGCUCGUCAUGAGGACUUUGCCCAUGUUCCAGAACCAUAUGUCGGUCCUCGCGAAGAAGGCGAUGGGACGUCGCGCACCCGAGCACGAAAUGAUGUGCUGGAAGGGUCUCAUCAGCAGAUGCGGCACGGCGGUGCAGCAAACGGAGAUGCUGCGAAGCCGCCUGUCGCUGGUUAAGCUCAAGGAGCCCGGUGUUAUGAGUCAACCAGCCUUCAGAAGCUUGAUCAGCAACUUCAUCGACUCGUGGGCGGAAUUCGGUUCUCAAAUCCGCUAUGCGUUUAAUGAAAUCAGUCUUCCGCCCGAUACCAGGAUUCGGCUUCGUCCUAUUCAGCAGGCUAUGAAGGAAGCAAGAGACACUAUCCUUCAGUCGCCUUGGAGCUAUUUAUUGCGACAAUCUUCAAAUCCCAACACAUUCAGCCCGAACGGCGGCCCUGGCUUGGCACCCAUGCAGUUGCCAAUGACACCUCAGAGUGCAGCUUUGGGUCCUGCUGUCCAGGCGACAGUUCCAUCCACUCCGCAGAGUGCUUCCUUUGCGUCGGCUUUCAACGGCGGCGUCUUUGAGCGCGCGGAUGCUCUCAUAUCUAUGGGUGGCCUCUCAAUGUCUCGAAACGGUACGAUGACAAACAGCUCGGCCGCUAGUUUCACCAUGUCUUCCAUGUCAUCGCUCUCAUCGGACGGCGGAGCCAUCACACCCUCAUCAGUCAUAAGCCCCAACGGCUUUGGCACUGGCCCGGUGCCACUGCGACUCAACGGGAGCAAAGUUGCCUUCUAG